AUGAAAUAUCAACGAUUUAAGAUACAUUUAACAACAGUUGGAAUUAUCGCUGGCAUUGUUGUUUCUACUUAUGGUGUUUCACGUCUUGCGUUAAAGAUAAAAGAAUACUCGAACGAAGAUUCACGAUUCGCUGAACAAGAAAUACAAGACUGGAUAUAUCUAAAAGAAAUUGCUGCUGCAAACCAACGACAAUCACAAAAAUAG